UCUACUCCGCCGCCGCCCCACUCUCCAACCCUAGCCGAGAGCACCAAGACCAACCAAUGGGGAAGGGUACGGGCAGCUUCGGUAAGCGUCGCAACAAGACGCACACGCUCUGCGUCCGCUGCGGCCGCCGCAGCUUCCACCUCCAGAAGAGCACCUGCUCCUCCUGCGGCUACCCCGCCGCUCGCAUCCGCAAGUACAACUGGAGUGUGAAGGCCAUUAGGCGCAAGACCACCGGAACUGGAAGGAUGAGGUACAUGCGACAUGUGCCUCGGAGGUUCAAGAGCAACUUCAGAGAAGGUACGGAGGCUACCCCAAGGAAGAGAGCUGCCGCUGCCAAUUAGAUCCUGUUUUGCCUUCAGGAAGCGCUAUUAAAGUAGAAUCAUAAGAACUUUUGCCUGGACUGUACCGUCUGAUCUAUUGUUCUUAUAGUAUGAAGUACUGAUGUCGUAUUAUUUGUUAAGCCGUUUUAAAACUUUACCAUCAAAAUUUGUCAAUUGAAUA